AACUACCCGCCGGGGCCAAUGCGCCUGCCCUUUGUGGGCUGCUUGCUCUAUUUGGACCUAAAGCAACUCCACAUAGCCGUACAGAAGACUGCUCACCUACUGAUUUUAUCAACUCCAGAGAAAGAUGCACUGAAAUCUCCAGCUCCACUGGGAGUCUGUCUGUCUGUUUUUCCAUUCAGUCUGGAAGCUCUCCCCUUGUAUUGGAAAGACUAUUAUGGGUACAUAGGACACAUGUAAGACUGGCAGCUCUUUCUGGUGAAUGGCCAUCUUACCAUGUAAUGUGCCUCUUUAUCCACAGUCAUUUUCUUUGCUUAGAUAGUCAGAUACUCUGGCCAUGUUUGAUUAUCCCUGUCACUUUCCAUUACAUGUGAAGAUUGUCCAUGCCGGAUUAUUUAUCGCUAUUUAAGGGUUUAAGCCCAUAAUUUUUCUACUUUUUUUCCCACCUCUUUUUUCCAUUUCCCCUUCCCCGUGUGUUCCUUGGACACUUUCCGAGUAGAUACCUUUUCAUCCAUCUUCUCUCUCUUUACACCUAUUUUAUUGUCUUCCAGCCACUGCUCUGUGUUGUUCAACACUCCCAUGCAGCUCCUGAGACUUUGCUAACACCAUUUCCAUGUGAAGUGAAGCAGCUACAAACAGGAAGGAGCCUUCUCCCUUCUGGGACACACUGCUCAGGUGUUGUCCCCACACACUGAGACCCACACCAGACACUUCAGUGUCCAGUGCUGCUAGAACUCAAAGGCAAAGGAGUCUGUUGUCUUUGCCUCUUACUCACCCUCCAUUGCUGCCUUUUUUCUGAUCUUUUAAGUUCAGUUUCUUUUCUGACCUCAAUCACUUUCUUUCUCCAUUCCUUCAGAGGAGGCCAUGGAAUGUGGCAAAGGAGAACGCAGCCCUUCUGUUGGAUCCCUCUGUUGAAGCUGGAUGUGACUCAGAAGGACAAAGGGCUAACUCUUGAUCACACAGCAGGCAGAAACUUUGAUACUGCUUACACACUCUCACUCAACUCUGUUUGCACAAGCUUGCACAUUCUACACCAUCAUGGACAUUCCCUUCCCUUCUCUCUGUUUCCCUCUUCACCCAGAUGCUCCACUCCUCACACUCAGGCCUGCUUCCCAUUCUGUAACUCUAGCUAAACUCCAAGGUCAUUUGGAUAUCUCAAAGUCAUUUUGUCUUCCUCAAACAUUAUGUAAUGUCCAGAGAUUCCCUCCACCAAGCAACAGCUUUGUCUUCUUGGCUCCACUGCUUCUCAUACAAUUUGUUUGCUGCCUUAUUGGGAAGAUAUGAAAUGCUCAUUAUGGUGAGGAGAUUCACAGUUGAUGAAAUAAAGCAUGAGCAAUCUCAUUCCUUUACUCAGUGAGCACUACUAUGACCAGGGACUCACCUUGCACCUUCAUCCUCAUCAUCAUGAUUUUGGUGUCUCACAUGCUUUGCAUAUAAACAGCUGACUAAUUUCUCAGAGAUGCAGAGGGUGGCUGAGUGCCUAGAAAGAAAAAAAAUGAAGUGACUUUCACAUUUCUACUAUCAUUCUUCUUUAUAGAACCCAAUGGAGGGAGGGAUAUUUUUUUACCUUUCAUACUAAGAUUCUAAGUUUCAAAAGAUGGAGCAACUUCCCCAAGAGCACAGUUAACCACAGAACCUGCAUGCUUACAUCACUCCAGAGAUCUUGGGAAAUCUCCACUCCCAGUUUCCACCCUUCAUUGCACUGUCCAUAUCUAACAGGGUAUGGGGAGGGCACACUCUCCUCUGGCUAAAUAGAUAUUUUAAUUUAUUAAUCAUUCAUGCUUGCUAUAGUAGACUUUAAAGACACAUUUGGAGCCUUUGGCAGGUUAGGAACAUAGUACACUGCCUCCACUGGCCUCCAGGAUACUUCAGUUUAGAAAUGUUGAUUUCUUUAAAACACUUAAGAUUUCAUAACCUAGUCUAGGGACACACUGAUGCUCAUUCAAUUAAUAUUGACUGAACACAUGAGUAAAAUUUUUUGAAGAAAUUCUUAAAGUAGACAGGAGAAGAAAAAAAUCAGAAACAUUCUCAUCGCACCAAUAUGCCUCCCCCCCCCCCACAAAUACACAGACUUCACUCAGUGUUAGUUGCAUUCGUCAUGCAGGAAACUUCUGUAUAUAGCAGAUGUUGAAGUAAUUAGUCUCUGGGUAAAUAUGGAUAUUUUUAAAACUACACCAAACAUGGACAGACCUUCCUUGGCCUUUUUCUUCUAUUCUCUGACUUCAUUAAAAUUCAGGAUGCUUUCAGGACUUUGCUUAUUUGUUGCUACACAUACCCUCAUGCCUUCCUCUAGGGAAAUAGGGCAGUUGCAUACCUAAUUCAUAUUUGCUGAAUUCCCUAGGAAUUUUGUAAAGGGAAAUUUCUAUUCUUAGUGUGUAUUGAAAUUGAACUUAAUAUGUAAGAAGAGAAAAAAUUUCCAAACAUUUACACAGAGGAAGAUCAUUGCCUGCACUAACAGUUUUUGUAGACAUCUCAACAUGAGUUCCAUUGGCUAUACACAUGCCUGUCAUCUCUGGACACACAAACAUGGGCUCACUCAACUGUAACUACUGAAAUAUUUUUCAGUUUGUGAAGAAAUAUGGGAAUAUUUUAAGCUGGGAGUUUGCUAAUAUACCCUCAGUGGUUGUAACUGGCAUGCCCUUAAUCAAAGAAGUCUUUACUCAAUUGGAGCCAAAUUUUCUGAAUCGUCCUGUCACUUGUCUCCGAAAACAUCUCUUUAAAAAUAAUGGGUUGAUCUUCUCCAGUGGCCAGAUAUGGAAGGAACAAAGAAGAUUCGCCCUGAUGACACUGAGGAACUUUGGAUUGGGAAAGAAGAGCUUAGAACAGCGCAUCCAGGAGGAAUCCCGACACCUUGUGGAGGCCAUAAGAGAGGAGAGAGGACAGCCUUUUGACCCUCACUUCAAUAUCAAUAAUGCAGUUUCCAAUAUAAUUUGCUCUGUCACCUUUGGGGAGAGAUUUGAGUACCAGGACAGUCAGUUCCAGGAAAUGUUGAGGCUACUGGAUGAGGCCAUAUGUUUGGAGUCAUCAAUGAUGUGCCAGCUCUACAAUAUCUUUCCAAGGAUACUUCAUUAUCUUCCUGGAUCACACCAAACAGUUUUCAGAAACUGGGAAAAACUGAAAUUGUUUGUUUCUGAUAUAGUUGACAAUCACCGGAAAGACUGGGACCCUGAUGAACCGAGAGACUUCAUUGAUGCUUUCCUCAAGGAAAUGACAAAGUACCCAGACAAAACUACAAGUUUCAAUGAAGAAAACCUCAUCUGCAGCACUCUGGACCUCUUCUUUGCUGGAACAGAGACAACGUCCACGACACUGCGCUGGGCUCUGCUCUGUAUGGCCCUUUACCCAGAAGUCCAAGAAAAAGUGCAGGCUGAGAUUGACAAAGUGAUUGGUCAAGGAAGACAGCCAAGCCUGGCUGACCGAGAGUCCAUGCCUUAUACCAAUGCUGUCAUCCACGAGGUGCAGAGAAUAGGCAACAUCAUCCCUUUUAAUGUUCCCAGGGAAGGGGCAGUUAACACCAAGUUGGCUGGAUUUGACCUGCCAAAGGGAAUCAUGAUCCUGACCAACCUAACUGCACUGCACAGAGACCCCAAAGAGUGGGCCACUCCAGAUGAGUUCAACCCAGAGCACUUUUUGGAGAAUGGACAGUUUAAGAAGAGAGAGAGUUUUCUGCCAUUCUCAAUGGGAAAGCGAGCUUGUCUUGGAGAACAAUUGGCCAGGUCUGAGCUGUUCAUUUUUAUCACUUCUCUUAUCCAAAAAUUUACCUUCAAGCCCCCAGUCAAUGAGAAACUGAGCCUGCAAUUCAGGAUGUCUGUCACCGUGUCACCCGUCAGUCACCGCAUCCGUGCGAUUCCUAGGCUGUGAUGCUGAAGAAGGAAAAUGUGAAGAAAUAGCAUCUGCUUGGAAGACACUGCUGCCUGCUCACAUUUGAGGGGAUGGAAUGAAGGGGACUGGGGAAAUGGGUAUAAUGAGACUAAAGAGAUUGAAUCCAAUUAUAGGUUCCUAAGUGGAAAGCCAUUUAUGGGCUCAAUGACAGAUUUUCACCUAAGACUUUCAGAGAAAAAUGAUUCUUCCAGUAAAGAAAAUGCUUGCAGGGAUCGUGAGAAAUGGUGGAUUAAAUUGAUAUGGAAAUUGCAAAAACUAUCAUAAAAGUUAUGCCUUUACUUUGCCCCCUCCUUUUCUCCUUUCAUUGACAUGCAUUUGCUUCGAGCCUGUGGGCCUAUUUCAAAUAUAGGGUAUAGGAGGGAGGGUGUCCAUCAAGGCUCUCCCAUCGGCUAGGUCUGCAGCUGUGUUACAUUGAUCUGCCUCUGAGUGAGCCUCUUGAAAGUCAGCAGGGCAGGAUAACUCCCAACAGACAGGCUAAGCUAGUGCUGUGGAAGCAGUUUCUAUGAUUUACAUAUAGCAGUUGGACCUUGACCUAGGACUCAAGACAUGAUAAGAUAUGACCAUAGAAAAGCAAAUCCUGGAAGCAGGAACCAUUUUCUGUUAAUAACUUCUUGCCUAGAGUCCUCCAUUAGACAUUUACCCCUAGGCAUUCUCACAUAGGACUUUGCUGUGUUGGGUGUGAAUGUCAUUUGCAGCUGCCCUUUACGCUGAAGUAGCUCCUGUUAGCCAGAAUUCACUGGGCCCCCAACAGAACGUUUUUCUGCAGGGCAUCAUAAAUGGUAGAAUCCUUUCUGGGUCUGAUCAGUGAAGGCAGUUAUAAAGUAGGUCUAAUAACACUGACAGCAAAUUUUUACCUACUUACAAUUAAAACAAGAAAAAAAAUUGCGAUAAAGUGACCGUCACCCCCAAACCUUUUGGUCCUCAAGAAGUUAGACUCCAGGGAUUCUGGAACAACAUAACAACAAACCAUGAUAUCAAGGAAGCACGUGUCUGUGAUAGCCUGAGGUUCCCAAGGACAGAACCAAGGUGGCUAUGAUGUAAUGCAUGAGAUGGUGUAAUGCAAUCGGGAUGUCAUGUAGAAGAGAAGAAUAAAUAAAUAAAUAAACAGCUUAAAGCUAAACUAUUUCCAAUA